AUGCCUACCGAGCUUGAAGAACUCGUGGAGUUCCUCCACCACGGCAACUCCCAGAUCCGCCAGAUCGCCGCCGAGAACCUGGUCGGAUAUACCACCGCGCAGCCUUCGCUAUUCAAGCGCAACCAGCUAGAGCCCAUAAAAGACCUGAAGCUCCUGGUGAAGGAUUACACACCUAUAGCCAAAAAUGCGUUUACCAUGCUCAUAAACCUCACGGAUGACGAGGAGAUCCGCGAAGACCUGGCCAAAGAUGACGCGUUCCUCGAGUCACUGCUCCUGCGCAUAACAAGCUCCAAAGAGCCCAGUGCCAACGAGAUCGCCAUGUUGCUCGCCAACCUGGCCAAAUCCGACACGCUCAAGCGCCUGCUCACGCUAGAGCGCGCCGUGCCCAAGGACCUGUCGACGUCCAAGGUGGCCAUGGACCAGCUGAUGGACUGCUUCGUCAAGGGCGCCGAGGGCCGGUACAACAAGCACGCCGACUACGACUACCUGUCGUACCUGUUCGCCGACAUGGCCAAGCACGCCGAAGGCCGCGCGUACCUGACGACCCCCCAGACCCACGACGCCGACAUCAUCCCCAUCACCAAGCUGACCGUCUUCACCGAGCACAAGUCGACCAUCCGCCGCCGCGGUGCCGCAAACACCAUCAAGAACGUCUGCUUCGACGUCGACGCCCACCCGCAGCUGCUCGACGCCGACCGCGUCAACAUCAUGCCCUACCUGCUGCUGCCGCUGAUGGGCAGCGAGGAGUACGCCGACGACGACACUGAGGGAAUGCUGGAUGAGGUCCAAUUGCUGCCGCCUGACAAGCAACGUGAGCCCGAGAAUGACAUCCUGAAGACGCAUCUCGAGACGUUGCUGCUGCUCUGCACCACUCGCGAAGCCCGUGACGAGCUGCGCCGCAUCAAGGUGUAUCCUAUCAUCCGUGAGACCCACUUGCACGUCGAAGAUGAUGAUGUCCGCGAGGCUGUCGACCGCGUCGUGCAGAUCAUCAUGCGGAAGGAGGAGGGUGAGGAGGAGGAUCUGCCACCCGAGAUGAAGGGCAAUGGGGUGCAGCAGAUCACGGCAGGUGGCGAGGAGGACGAGGAAGAGCAGGUGGUGACUAUCUUGUAG